AUGGUGGUAGAAGACCAAAACCUUGAAAGUGGCGGAUCCGUCCGUGUAGUCAUCAAAGGAGAGAGUCAUCUCCGUAAUGUACUGUGGGGUCCAGUGCGGUGGAUAAAGAUGCUGGCCAAAGAGCUUCACUGGAGCUUUGUCUUCGGCGUGGUCUCACUCUACGGUAUAAACCAAGGCCUUGGCGGCUCAUUAGGCCGUGUAGCCACCGAGUAUUACAUGAAAGAUGUUCAAAAGGUUCAGCCUUCAGAGUCUCAGGCUCUCACGGCCAUCACCAAGAUUCCGUGGAUCAUUAAGCCUCUUUGGGGCAUUCUCACCGAUGUUCUUCCCAUCUACGGCUUCCACAGACGCCCUUACUUCGUUUUGGCAGGCGUCCUUGGAGUGGUUUCCAUGCUUUUCAUAUCGGUUCUUGGGAAUCUGCAUCUUUACUUGGCGCUCUUGUGGAUGACAAUAGCAAGUGCUGCGAUGGCGAUUGCUGAUGUGACCAUUGAUGCUUGCACUGCUUACAAUAGUAUUAAACACCCUUCUCUUGCCUCGGAUAUGCAGAGCUUGUGUAGCUUAAGCUCUUCCAUUGGUGCGCUUCUUGGUUUCUUCAUGAGUGGCAUCUUAGUUCAUCUUGUUGGCUCCAAGGGUGUGUUUGGCUUGCUGACACUCCCAUUUGCGUUGGCAUCAGUAGUAGGGAUGGUGUUUAGUGAGUCCCAUGUUCCUGGCUUCUCUUACAAACAGGUAAACCAGAAGUUUAUAGACGCAGGGAGAGCGAUGUGGAGGACGAUGAAGUGCUCAGAUGUGUGGAGGCCGAGUCUGUAUAUGUACAUUUCCCUUGCUCUUAGUUUGAACAUUCAUGAAGGUCUCUUCUAUUGGUUCACAGAUUCAAAGGAUGGCCCUUUGUUUGCUCAGGAAACUGUUGGUUUCAUUCUCUCAAUUGGUUCGGUGGGGUCGAUUCUAGGAGCAACCUUGUACCAGCUAGUCCUAAAGGACCAUCCCUUCCGCGGCAUUUGCUUGUGGACUCAACUUCUCUUUGCCUUGGCAGGGAUGCUUGACCUCAUUCUCGUGCUACGUCUCAACUUGAAACUUGGCUUACCAGACUAUCUCUUCAUAGUGGUGGACGAGGUAGUGUCUCAGAUGAUAGGACGCCUGAAAUGGAUGCCGCUGCUCGUGCUCACUUCAAAGCUUUGUCCUCACGGAAUUGAAGGGACAUUCUUUGCGUUGCUGAUGUCUAUCGACAACGCAGGCUUCAUGACCUCUUCUUGGCUGGGAGGGGUGUUGUUGCACGUCCUCAAAGUGACUAGGACAGAGUUUGGCAACCUCUGGCUUGCGGUUUUGAUCAGGAAUGUGCUGAGAGUUUCGCCGCUCUUUGUUCUGUUUCUUGUGCCUAAGGGAGAUCAGAACACGUUUAAGCUCCCGGGUGAGAUCAUGGGGGAAGAUUCUGAUUCUGAUGAAGAGAAAGAAGAAGCUCGGGACUUGGAGUUGGCGUCUCUUGUUCAUUCCGCUGAUAGAAGAUAGCUCACAGUGUUCUCUUGUUAUAGACAAAUCUUUGAAGCACAUGCUUCAUUGUCUCUGAACUUUUUACCUGCAUUGAUAUAAAGUGCAAAUUUUACAAGUUUGUCACAUUUGUUGGGUAUAGAAGGACAGUGUAUGUCUUGUAAUAUAAAUAGUUCCUUGGGGAAAAGCAUCAAGAAGAAUCUUGCAGAACUGGGACUGGAAUACACAAUUACAAGCUGUGUCUGAGAA